UUAUUUGCGUGCUGCUCCAUAUUCAUAUUAGCAGUCAAUUUAUGCAUAAGCACACAGUUGCUUAACAUUUAUUAAUAAGUGGAAUAAGUGGACUUUGAAUGGCGAUCGUUUACUAAAGUGAAAAAUAAAUUUUAACAAUGGCUAAAAUAAUGCCUGGGCAGCUGGCAAAAAACAAGUUAACCAUUUUAUUAAAGGGCAAAUUAGCCGCAACCUAUCCCAACGUUGUCAAACUAAGAUGUCUGGCUACACAAAGAUCGGGGUAUUCGGACAACUAUCAGUAUAUGCAAUGUUCCAAAGUGCCGACUAUGCAUUUUCAGAAAUCCUUACCUCGUUUGCCAAUACCAGAAGUUGAAAAGAGUUGCGAACGUUUUCUGAAGGCUACGCAACCUUUAUUAUCACCUGCACAAUAUGCAGACACAGAAAAGAUUGUACAAAGUUUUAAGCAACAAGAAGCUCCGGAGCUGAAUAGUUUACUAAAAGCAAAAGAUGAGGCCAAUAAACAUACUAGCUAUAUAUCCGAACCAUGGUUUGAUAUGUACUUGAAAGACCGUGUUCCUCUUCCUCUAAAUUAUAACCCUUUGAUGGUCUUCAAUUCUGAUUCUCGUCCUGAAUAUCAUCAUCAGUUGAUACGUGGUGCGAAUUUGAUUAUAAGCUCUUUGCGUUAUUGGCGUUCGUUACUUGAUGGCCAAUUGGAACCGGAAGUUUUUCAUAUGAAUCCAAAGAAAAGUGAUACAGAAAGUUAUCGCCAAUGGAUGCGUUUAACUCCACAAUUUGUAGCUACAUAUGUCUCGUAUGCGUUCAAAGCCUACCCUUUAGAUAUGAGCCAGUACGAGCGUUUGUUUGGCACUUCACGCAUACCAGAAGCAGUUAAAGAUCGUUUAGUACAGAAUCCUAAGUCCAAGCACAUCAUUGUUAUGAGACGUGGCAAUAUUUAUGCGGUAGAUGUGCUAGAUUCACAGGGGAAUAUUGAGUCAUCGAAAGAAAUUUUGGGGCGCCUAAAUAUGGUCGUAAAAUUAGAUGAAUCUAAAAAGUCAGCGGAGGUACCUUUGGGGAUUUUAACCGCUGCAAAUCGAAAUGAAUGGGCAGAGAUCAGGAAGCAUUUGAUUAGCCAUCAAGUAAAUAAUGAUUUGUUAACGAAUCAAAUUGAUAACGCUUUGUUUUGCGUAUGUUUGGAUACACCUGAAGAUCCUGUUUAUAGCGAGAAUGAUCCCAUACCUUUAUUAAAGCAUUUCCUGGCUGGUAAAGCUACGAAUAGAUGGUUUGAUAAAUCCGUAAGCCUGCUUUUGGGCUCUGAUGGAACUGCUGCAAUCAAUUUUGAACAUUCCUGGGGUGAUGGCGUAGCCGUUUUACGUUACUUCAAUGAGAUCUAUAAAGAGACAGUCAGUAAACCCUUUUUGAGUACUCAAGACUUACAAUCCUUGCCUAAAAUAGACUCCAGUAAAGUGCGUUAUCUAAGCUUUGCAAUCGACGAUAAAUUACGUGCUGGGGUUACCAAUGUGCAACGUAAACACAACGAUAAUGUUGAGUCUCUGAAUACGAGUUUUCUACGUUAUCCUCAUCUCUCUAAAGAGAUCUGUAAACGGCAUCGCCUCAGUCCAGACUCUAUUAUGCAACUCUCAUUCCAAUUAGCUUUUAGGCAAGCGUUCAACAAAUACGUAGGCACCUAUGAAUCCUGUAGCACUGCGGCGUUUAAACACGGGCGCACCGAGACCAUGCGACCCUGUACCAAUAAAACCAAAGAAUUUUGUGAAACUCUAUUAAAUCCUAAUAGUCAAAAUGAUUUUAAACGCUUGAGAACGUUAAUAGAUCAAUGCUCCACCUACCACGGACAAUUAACUAAAGAAGCUGCCAUGGGCCAGGGCUUCGAUCGUCACUUGUUUGCCUUAAGGCAUAUGGCGCAAAUCAACGACAGACCCUUACCGCUGUUGUAUAAUAGUGAAGCUUAUAAACUUAUUAAUUACAAUAUCAUAAGUACUUCUACAUUGGGUUCAGAAGCUUUAUUAUUAGGAGCUUUUGGUCCGGUUGUACGUGAUGGUUUAGGUGUUGGUUACUCAAUGAAAAGCGACAUGUGCGGGGCUUUUGUCACUUCAUAUAAAGACGGCUGCAACGGCAGAGAAUUUACUAACAGCUUGGAAAAGGCUUUUGAUCGUAUAUGCAAAAUUAUCGCUGAAAGUAAAUAAUUGCUGCGAAGAUAAUAAUAGUCUGCAUUUAAAAUUAUUUUUAUGUUUUCUCGUAACGGAUUCAUUCAUAUACAUAAUAUAUUCAAGAUAUUUCCUAUAAGCUUUUCUUUUGAACGCCCAGAACUUUUAAGAUUUUAUUUUGAAAAUUUUCCAUUUUAUAAU